GCGUUUUUUUCUGUUUCUCGUUGAAAAUCUUUUAAUGGGAGAAUAACAGCAUAUUACAACUUCAUAGUAUCCUAACACCAUUUAUACCAUUUAUAGUCAACUGACAAGUGUGUAAGUGGAUAAUGGCAGAAACAAUAGCUUCCUCGAGGACAAUCAAUUUAAAGAAUAUAUGUAUUCCAGUAAAAGCUCAUCCACAGAAAGAAAUAAUCAGUAACACCAGCCAACAGAAAGACCUCAAAAUGUUUAGUGAUUGCAAGCUACCUGUUCUGAUCCAAAAUGGCGAGGAUGACGUCACCCAACGACCUGCGGUUCCCACGUGGGGACACCACGCUGCGAUUGGACGGACCGCCUCGACUCGGUGUCCGUGUCUCUGAUUGGCUCAAGAGGGGCGCUUUCGCGGCAGUUCAGCCCUCGUGUCAGUAGUCUGUCUGUGUGUGGCACAGGGCAACGGCGCUGGACGGAGAGGAAACGUGAGAGCGGAGUACAGCGUUACACUUCCAACCCUUCCUAAAGCUCUUCAAAAAUCGGAAGUACAUUUUGGAACAUUUUUUUUUUUUGAAUUUUUGGAUUACGCGACCGGUCGACUGAGUGGCGGAGUUUUGUGCGGUGAAGUGAGUGAAUCUUUGAGCUCCUGGGCGCGCGACCUGCAGUAGGAGAAGCAGUUGUCUCCAGUCGCCUUGUAGAGAGACACAGAGAGAGAGAGAGAGGACGACGAGGAGAUGGUUUAUGUCCGUCUCUGGUACUGAAACAUGAACAUUUUCGACGCUUGGACGCCAUUAAUGUGUUAGAGCCUCGCUGUGAGUUGUCAGGACAGCGGUUCCGCGUUUAAAGCGGCUGUAAGACGGUGCUGUUUGGACGCUUGGAGACGCGGAGGCAGGUGAAGGAGUUGGAGCCGAUCUGAGAGAAGAGGGGAGUGUGUGUGUGUGUGUAUCGGUCGGUUGGGGUGUGUUUCCCCCCUGCAGCUCUGGCCGAUGUGCUGAAUUACACUGGGUCAUCUCCAUCCAGCACAGCGGCGAGCCUCCGACAAAUAAAGGAUACAUUUCAAGAUGUAUCCGCAGGGCCGGCAUCCGGCACCCCACCAGCCUGGUCAGCCAGGCUUUAAAUUCACGGUGGCAGAAUCGUGCGACAGAAUCAAGGAUGAAUUUCAGUUCCUGCAAGCUCAGUAUCACAGUCUUAAGGUGGAGUAUGACAAAUUGGCCAACGAAAAGACAGAGAUGCAGCGCCACUAUGUCAUGUACUAUGAGAUGUCCUAUGGGCUGAACAUUGAAAUGCACAAACAGACUGAAAUUGCUAAAAGGCUUAACGCAAUUCUAGUUCAGAUCAUGCCCUUUCUGUCACAAGAGCACCAACAGCAGGUUGCACAGGCUGUUGAACGUGCCAAGCAAGUGACAAUGACCGAGCUGAAUGCCAUCAUCGGGGUACGUGGACUUCCCAAUCUGCCUCUCACCUGUGUCUUUCCGCAGCAGCAGCAGCUCCAGGCACAGCACCUCUCUCAUGCUGCCCACGGCCCUGUGGCUCUGCCCCCACACCCCUCUGGCCUGCAGCCCCCGGGCAUCCCCCCAGUCACAGGUACCGGCUCAGGCCUGCUAGCACUAGGUGCACUGGGCAGCCAGCCCCACCUGCCUGUGAAGGACGAGAAGAACCACCAUGACCUGGAGCACAGAGAGAGCACGAACAACUCCAUUUCCCCAUCUGACAGCCUGCGUACUGCCAGCGAGAAGCAUCGUGGUUCCUCUGACUAUAGCCUGGACUCCAAGAAGCGCAAAAUGGAAGAGAAGGACAACAUGAGCAGAUAUGAUAGUGAUGGAGACAAAAGUGAUGAUCUCGUGGUUGACGUUUCUAAUGAGGACCCUGCUACACCCCGAGGCAGCCCAGCCCACUCCCCACCAGAAAAUGGCAUUGAUAAGCCUCGCCCCCCAAAAAAGGAUACACCUAACAGUCCUGCCUCAGUGGCCUCAUCUGGCAGCACACCUUCUUCCAAAACCAAGGACCAUGGCCAUAAUGACAAAUCAUCCACACCUGGUCUCAAGUCUAAUACUCCCACUCCACGGAAUGAUGCCCCAACCCCCGGCACCAGCACCACGCCAGGGUUGCGGCCUAUCUUGGGCAAACCGCCCAUGGAGGCUCUACCUGCUCCUGCGCUGCGCACUCCCCUGUCCAUCGCUGGCUCUUACCCAGCUCCUUUUGCCAUGAUGGGCCACCAUGAGAUGAAUGGCUCGCUCACAAGCCCUGGGGUCUACGCCGGCCUACACAUCUCUCCCCAGAUGACUGCAGCUGCUGCUGCUGCAUAUGGCCGUCCAUCCAUUGCUGGUUUUGAUCAUCCUCACAUGAGAGCCCCAGGCCUCCCUGCCAGCCUCACGUCAAUCUCUGGAGGAAAGCCGGCCUACUCAUUCCAUGUCAGUGCUGAUGGGCAGAUGCAGCCUGUACCCUUCCCUCCUGAUGCUCUGAUGGGCCCUGGGAUCCCACGCCAUGCCCGCCAGAUCAACACUCUAAGCCACGGUGAGGUGGUAUGUGCGGUCACAAUCAGCAACCCUACACGUCACGUCUACACUGGAGGCAAGGGCUGUGUGAAGAUCUGGGACAUCAGCCAGCCUGGUAGCAAGAGUCCUGUGUCCCAGCUAGACUGUCUGAACCGGGACAACUACAUCCGUUCCUGCAAGCUGUUGCCUGACGGUCGUACGCUGAUUGUGGGUGGCGAAGCAAGUACCCUGACCAUCUGGGAUUUGGCCUCACAGACGCCACGCAUCAAGGCUGAGCUGACCUCAUCAGCCCCGGCCUGCUACGCUCUGGCCAUCAGCCCUGAUGCUAAGGUCUGCUUCUCCUGUUGUAGUGAUGGCAACAUUGCCGUCUGGGACCUCCAUAAUCAGACGCUUGUCAGGCAGUUCCAGGGCCACACAGAUGGCGCCAGCUGCAUUGACAUCUCUCACGAUGGCACUAAACUGUGGACGGGUGGCCUGGACAACACUGUGCGCUCGUGGGACCUGAGAGAGGGGCGGCAGCUGCAGCAACAUGAUUUCACCUCUCAGAUCUUCUCACUGGGCUACUGCCCAACGGGUGAAUGGCUGGCUGUGGGCAUGGAGAGCAGUAAUGUGGAGGUGCUCCACCACACCAAGCCGGACAAGUAUCAGCUCCACCUGCAUGAGAGCUGUGUGCUGUCCCUCAAAUUCGCCUACUGUGGUAAAUGGUUCGUGAGCACUGGGAAGGACAAUCUGUUGAACGCGUGGAGGACUCCCUACGGCGCCAGCAUAUUCCAGUCAAAAGAAUCAUCCUCAGUCCUGAGCUGUGACAUCUCAGCAGAUGACAAGUACAUUGUUACUGGCUCUGGUGACAAGAAGGCCACGGUGUAUGAGGUGAUCUACUAGGCAGAGGUAACUGAAUGGAGAAGCUCAACCCAUGCUGAAAAGGAGAAAUGGGGAAUGGUGUGUUGAGGGAAACCACACUCCUUUUCUCCUAACCAGAUAAACAGUUCAGCACCUGUCUACCUGACUCCCAUCCCUCAUCAUCCCCUUCUUCAUGGACUGUGUGACUAACAGCAGCCUGGACUAGUCAGAUAUGGACUGAUUUUAUACCAGGACUUGAACUGGCCUGGUGGGGACUGGGCAUCCUUUAGCCCAGUCACUAAUGCUUCUUACUUGCUCAUUCCUUGCCCACUACACCCAACGUAGGGCAUUUGGCACUAGAGAAGAGAAUAUCUUUUUUUUUUUUUUUUUUUUUCUUGUUGGAUUUUAUGUCUUUAUUUUUAUUUUAUUUUUUUUUAAAUAAGGUAAGAAUGUUGUAGCAUGAAGCAGCGCUUCGUUCUGAAACUUUAUUCAUGUGGAGAUUCUGUGAAAAGUGUACAUAAUGGAGUAUUAAAAGGCCUUUUAUAGAUUUA